AUGUCGCCUCACAAAAACUCGUGGACCGUCUUGUGUGAGACCUACCCUGACCUUCAGCUCAACCCGGAGGAGCUUCCACAGGAGGAAGUCCUGAGCUCUCUAGCUUCACUGCCCGCUAGGGAUACUUUGGAGAUUAACCCCGGAAGAGGCAGAACUGAUUUCAAUCUCCGUCGACGAAAUUAUAAUCUCAAAGCCGUCUUGGCGCAGAUUUCUGGGGAGAAACAGAGUGAUGAUGACAUUUGCACGUGGUGCGAGAGUGGCAAGGGACAGUGGCUGGGCUGUGUCCAGGUGCCGGGAGGCACAGGUUCCUGUGCGAACUGUCUCUAUGGUACCAAUCGUUGCUCAUUGCGCGAAGAUGCUGCAGAAGAUUUUGAACCAGAAACGACGACGGUAGCGCCCAAGUCGGCACCCACUGCACGAGUUUCAAAGACAUCAGCUGCCACAGCAUCUACAUUUACCAUCACACCAAGGAAACUUGUAUCGACCGCAAAUGACAGCACUGAUCCUACCAUUGGACUAAACGGAGUCCCUAAUCUGCUUCAUCUCAAGCGUAUGCCGCCGAACAAACAGGAGGAGGUACUCCAGCUAUGCCGCGACCGAAUUGAACAGCUGCAGGAUUACAUUGACAUCGCAGAGGGUCGAUUCUAG